AACUAAAGCCUAGCUAGAGAAAGUAGUCACAAAAUGAAGAGCUUUCACUUCCUUGGGUUAUUGGCUUUUGCUUUGGCUCUCUCUUUUGCCUCUGCCUUUGACCCUAGCCCUCUCCAGGACUUCUGUGUUGCAACCCCCGAACCCGAGAAUGCUGUGUUUGUUAAUGGAAAGUUCUGCAAGAACCCAAACCUUACUGUAGCCGGUGAUUUCUCUAUUUCGGGACUCAAUAUUCCAGCAUUUACAGGAAACCGAGUUGGAUCAAAUGUCACCCUCGUAAACGUUGAUAAAAUACCAGGACUUAACACUCUUGGUAUUUCUCUCGCUCGGUUAGACUUUGCUCCCAAUGGUGGCUUAAACCCUCCCCACACUCACCCUCGUGCCACAGAGAUCCUUGUAGUUGUGGAGGGCACCCUUUAUGUUGGCUUUGUCACAUCCAACCCCAAUCGUUUGUUCACCAAAGUCUUAUACCCAGGAGAUGUUUUUGUAUUUCCAAUUGGUCUCAUCCACUUCCAGUUUAACAUUGCAAAGACGAAUGCAGUUGCCUUUGCUGGUCUAAGCAGCCAAAACCCAGGCGUCAUCACCAUAGCAAAUGCAGUCUUCGGGCCUAAUCCACCCAUUAAUCCUGAUGUUCUAGCUAAGGCCUUCCAAUUGGAUAAUUAUACAGUAGAAAAACUGCAGAAACUAUUUGCAAACGCGUAAAAUAAUAUUUAUAUAAACCAAAUUCAUGUGAACUCAUGAUAUAAAUAAAUAGUGAAAUACCUUAUAUAUUUAUAUUAUGAGUCCAUAUAAACUCAAUCUAAAUAAAAAUUAUUUGUGUUUAGUUAUAUGCGAUGUUUAUGUUUCCAAUAAUUGAAUAAGUAUCUUUUCUGUUAAAUGUAUUCUUGAUAUGUCUAUCACAAUUCAAUAAAGAGCUUUUUGGGUGUGCCA